UAUAGCCGCUGUUGUCGUUAUUCGAGAACCAGGAGGGGUCGAGUCGCUGCUGUGUAAUCACGAUUGGGAAAUUGAUAUAUUGUAGCCGAGAAGAGUCGAAGUACCUCUAGUAUAAUCGGUAUCACGGAACGGAUGUUCGAAAGCAGAAGAGCCGAGGCCACUACAGUGUAAUUGGUAUCGGAACGCAUCUGCUAAGCGGGCCGCUGUUCUGUGAUCGGUAAAGUUAAAGGGGUUGUAGUCGCUCGGUUUCGCAGCUCCUGCCGACUUCAGCGGGCCACAAACUUAUUAAUCACCCCGCUGUCGACCACUUCUGAAGGUCCAAGACGCCGACUUCUCCAAAGAAGGGAUCCAUAUGCUCUACGAUCGCUGGGCUAAAAUGAAUUGCCUGCUCUACUUGUCCGUUCUCUUGUUAGCUGCAGUUGAAAUGACCGCGGCAGGUCAUUUCAAGGUGAAGUGUAAGGAAGAGCAAGUCACAGCCAAGGCUGGAGAUGAUGAUGUCAUCCAGUGCAGAUUUUACUCUGGAAGUAAAUUUGGAAGUGUGGCUUUUGUUUGGAAGAAAGUGAAUACUAAGGGGAUUGUCUACAAUUAUUCGAGGAGCCAAGUCAAUCAGACAGAGCAAGAUCCAAGCUACCACAACCGCGCAGAAGUCUUUGCCAGUGAGAUCCCUCAAGGGAACUUGUCCCUGAGACUGAGGAAUGUGUCUCUGUCAGAUGCUGGAAUCUAUAAACUCCAUGUCUCCAGCCGAUCUCAAAGUGCCGAUGCACAAGUCCUCCUUAGCAUCCGAGCUCUCGGCACACAGCCAGUCAUUCAUUCGUCUGGUGACGGCCUGGGACUGUUGGUGCUGGUCUGCGAGUCUUCCGGGUGGUACCCAGCUCCCAGCGUCACCUGGGAAAAUGGACUAGGCAAGAAUCUGACCAGGCACUCGCACACAGAGCAUUUUAACUGCAAAGGUGGCAGUGUCUGUGUGAAGAGCACGCUAGAGCUGAUGAACUGGCCCACCGGCAACUACACAUGCACAAUGUGGGACCAGCAAUUGGAUGAAGGAUUAUCAACAACUUUCUCCUUGAUUCACAGGAUACCUUUGGGAACAGUGAUUGGUGCUACUGGUGCCAGCAUCUGCGCACUUGUUUUGAUUGUGGCUGUCUGUUGGAGUUGGUGGUAACAAGUGGGCAAUGCGACUGGGGUCCUGUGGUUCCCCCUGUGUGACUGUCUAUAUAUCACUGAAGACGCUGCUGGUUAAGAGAAACCUCUGGUGCAGAUGCAGAACAGACUUGAAGGGGGUGUAAAGCACUUGGCUCCACUCUGUACACAACAAAGACUCGCCCUCCUUUCCAUUGACACCAGAGCCAACUGCAUCCAUGCACUCAACUUUCUUUGAAAGCAGCAAUUCCUGUAGUAAACUGUACGGGAAAUGAUGCUGUCAGCAAAGAACAAAAUCAUCAAAGACUGGUGCUGUGUUAAUGGGUUUGUUUUUGCACUUUACAGUGUGGUACUAGCACUGUGUAGCAAGUGUUCCAAUGGUAAACCUGUGUAUCGCUGCAAAAACUGACUUCUACAAUCAGGGACACUGCAAAUCAAUUUCUGACAACUGUUGAAUUCUCAAUUUAUGACCUGUCUGUAGUUAGAGCAAUGACUUUACUGAAACAGUAAUUGUAGACUUAUACCAUUGAAUCAUGCACUUCAAGGGCCAUACAUGGCUAGCAAUGUAUGGAUUUGGACAUCUUUAUCACCUAGUGAGAAGGUGAUUAAACUGGCAUAAUUAAAUUUCUUAAGUGAAGUACAGCAUAACUCCUUAAGAUGUUGCUGUGGAAGCGAAUCUGUAUUAUUGGGACGGAUGGAUCCGAAAUUCCAGAAGUAUUGUAAUGGAAAAGGUGUUUAUCUCUGUACAUUUGUCACACUUUUCAUUGUAAGUUUCAGUCCUUUGCUUUGGAAGUGACAUCAUGAAACAAUCCAGUGUUCUAACUUCUUUCUCUACCUCCCAUUUCUUUCACCUGAGAAUUGGGGACCACUUGUAAGUAAGGUUUCCUUUUUCUAGCCUUUCAGGCACAGGAUACACUGUCAGAAUGAUGAGUGUGAUUGCAGUAAACUACAAAGGUUUUGAGUAUAUGAGAAUGCAAAUAAUACUGUUCCACUCCAUGUGUCAACCGUUUCUCUUUACAAAGUGCCCAAGUCCUGUUCUCCAUCAGCUAAUCUCUGUAAGGAUCUGGUCUUUAAACAAUGUUACAUUUAUUACACUCUCUAGGUAAUUUCAAUUUUUAGUUGAGUCUCUUCUUGGCCUGUAGUGUUCCUGGGGAAAUAAAAAACAAUUCUGAAACAGAAUUGUUCACCAUUCCCAGUCCAGCAGUGGGAUCAUAUUUUCUAUUGGGAUGUAACUGGUGCAGAUUAGGCUGCUUGUUUAUUGGCAUAAUGGUAGUGGGUGCACUGCCUUGGUGCUUUGAUAUAGCACAAGGAAUGGCUGGGAUCAUCAUAAAGCAGCUGAUAAUCCACCACACUGCACGUUUGACUUCUAUUGUGUUUGGGUCCAUAGUGGAAGGCAUAGUUUCCUUUGAAGCUAUGAGUUAAUGAGGUUUCUCUGGUAAUUUGGAUAAGCAAAAUGAUCUGUCAUCUGUAGUUUAAAAUGUAAAUAGAAUCCAAAAUCAGAUUCUAUAUUGAGAUUUGAAACAGUCAUUCUGGUUAUACAAAAUAAUUUCUACAUACUUUAGCUUUCCAACUAUAAGCCCCUCCAAAUUGCAUAAGUUGCUUUCCUUGUUGACUAUUAUUUACUCUCGGAGUUGUGAUGUUGAACUUGAGUACGCCUCGCAAAGUUGAUCUAUAAAGCCUGUCUUUUUACAUUUGGUUUUCCACUCCCAAGUUGUUGAUAUCCUGAAGAGACAAGGGUUAAUACAGUAUCUGUAUUAUUAUAUAAAAUUACGUCUCUGAGUAACAGCGACAGUGGAAGAUCCUGACUUCCACUGUGUGCAUUGACUUUUUCUAUGCAGAGCCACUGUUCCAAGAACGUAUCCUGUGUUGAAACUGUUUCCUUUUGUACACUGCCUCCUAUUAUAGAUGUGAACUCAAUUCAUGUUUCCUGCUCCAAUUUCUACAUGUUGGGCUUGCCAUAACUACAUUGGUUAGUCUUUAUUUCAUUUCCAGUUUCAAACAUGACCUGGUUAGUUUUAGUGACUGAUGUCUCAAUUUCCAAAGGACUAAGACAUUUGGCUACAAUUAUGUUCCAUGCUCUGAAUUUGGAGAUCGUGGUUGUUGAGUGUAGCUCAGAUGAAGCUGACUGGAAAUGUCCACAAUCAACUUCCCUCUGAUGCAGAUAUGGACUGCCACACCAACAUAAACAAGAAUGGCUGCAAGCUUUGUAAAUAGUUCCCAUAGUGCUGGUCAGCUUGCCAGUUCUGGUGAAGAGCAGAGUAGAGCGCAAAUGCUGGGCCAUUGAAUGGACCUGUGCUAAUCAUGGGGUCAGACAUGGGAGUGCUAGAUUCAAUAACUGCAAUACUACAGAGAGUAUUAAAUUGAAGUAAUGCCAAUUCUGUAGUGUAAGGUUAGUAGAUAGUAAUAUUUGUCUGCCUUUUCUGUAUGAUUUCAUAAAACAGUAUGAUUGGCUAAGCCUGUGUGCACUGGCUCCUGUUCACAACUUCCUGGUAUUGGUCAGGUUACCCAGAGAGGGGAGGGAGUUUGAUGUCUCACACAAUUACAUUGUGUCAAGUCACUGAUUAUUUUUAGUUCUGUAACCCUUGCCAAACAAAAACGUGAAAAUGAGGAAUUAUUAUCCUUGUUUGUUUAAUGAUGUUUGUUUCUUUCCCCUCUGAUUCAGGGGCUUUGACAUUUAAAUACAUCAAUAAUUUAG